GUUACGUUGAGUGAAACUAAUUUUUAUUACUAAAUAGUCGAUUAUUCAAUCAUCAUAAUUCACCAUAGGCAAUUGGUGACUCGUUUCGCUUCCAAAAAUUUAUAAUGGUGGUAAACACCGAGAAUCUCGUCGAAGGAUUUCAUCAGAAAUCAUAUGGUCCUCAGUUUUGGUUAAUAGUUCCAUAGACGACCACUACACCGCCGUAGUGCUGUGUCAAUGUUGACAUGAGCACAUUGUGAGGGUAUGUUUUCUAUUUUUCUGGUUUAAUUGAAACAAUUCAACAUAUUGAAACAUUCAUUUAUAGAUUUUUGUGCUAGAAAACGACACUUUUCAUCAGUUUCCUCAAUUUUCCCCAACCAAUAUCCUGAUAAUGCCUUUAAUCAUCAUCACAGGCAUUCCCUCGAGUGGCAAAACCUCAAGAACUCAAGAAUUAAAAUCAUUCUUCUCUGAUAAAAACAAAAAAGUGGAAAUAGUGAGUGAAAGUGAUUUAGUUAUCAAAGGUGGCUUUAUUAAAAAUGACUUCUACAUGGAUUCGAAGAAGGAAAAGGCGAUCAGGGGGGAGAUCAGGUCGGCAGUGCAGAGGACACUCAAUUCCAGGGAUGUUCUGAUUGUCGAUGGGAGCAACUAUAUUAAGGGCUCCAGAUACGAGCUUUAUUGCUUGUCGAAGCUCUAUAAGACCCCACAGUGCACAAUUCAAUGUGAUCUUCCUGUGGAACAUGCUUGGCUGAUGAACAGUGGCCGAGACGAGGGUGAACAAUAUUCCAGAGACACCUUCGAUGCUCUUAUUUUGAGAUACGAAACUCCUAACAACAAAAAUCGGUGGGACAGUCCUCUCUUCGCAGUGACUCCAGACGAUAAAUUACCUCUAGAAGACAUUUACCAUUCUCUUUAUUCAGUGGACGCACCGAAACCCAACAUGAGUACUCAAUCUCCAGCUGUUUCUGCAACGAAUUAUCUUUACGAGUUGGACAGGAUAUCACAAGAAAUUGUCAACGCCAUCAUCACUGCAGAUCAAAUGGGAAUAACGAGUGACAUAAAACUACCUUCGUAUGAUUUAAUUAUCGAGAGAAGCACGAGUGCAGCACAAUUGACGAGACUGCGCCGACAGUUCCUCACAUACAGUAAAAUGCAUCAAGUUGAACUGAAUCAGAUAGCCCAAUUGUUUGUACAGUAUUUGAAUAAAAGUAUAUGAAAUUAAAGAACGGAAAUAGCAAAA